CAGCCCAUACUUUGCGAAGCAAGCUCGUCUUCGAAUCUGCAGAAGGCGGCGCGACAUACGGGCCGGUCAAUCUGCUUCAAGGGAUCUCUUGCUUCUCGUCGUGCGAAUCCGUACUGGCCCAGCCCCAGAUCUUCAGAACACUGAUGCGGUCGACAGCAUGCAGUCGGUUCUCACGGUGUCGUGCGCCAUGCUGUUCUGUCAACCCCCAACAACUUCUUUACCUUGCCGGUUUUGUUUUCCUGACGCCGGCCGAACCCCUGAACACACCAAGUAUUUGCUGCAACUACUCCGUCCUUCUGCCGGUGAAAAGCCCCUGUUGUCCGCGGUGGUGUUCUACAACUGAUGAAUUCCCUCGCCGUAUUCACAGUGAUUGUCUCCGAUUAAUUGCCGCUCUGUAUUCCCGCCAACUCAUCUCGCCUCGUAGGGCCCCUGUUAAUGACUUUAUCGUGCUCUUAUGUAUGCUUCCAUGGUUCAACUAUGCUCCUACAUUAUCUCUCGGUCCGUCGGCUUUAAUCGGGCAAUACCUUCCGCGAUCCGCGGUGGCGCUUUCUGGUAAUCCCAAGUUUCACCUUCCCCCUAGCUUGGCUGGCAUCUAUGGAGUGGGUUCUUUUUCAUUAAACCGGAUUAGCUCCUUCAGCACGUUUUCAGGGUCGUAUACUUUGGCGAGUGUCUUUCAAUGUCAACCUUCGCCAGUAACCAGCAGUAACCAUCGUCGAGGAAGAUUGUGCCUCGUGGAAUCAAGCCUUUCGAUGUUGUUGCAUAUUGGCGGUGCGACUAUCUAUUUCUUUAGCCUCCGUCGCAAGGGAAACUGAAUGCCUGAGAUAUGUGGGUCAUUUUUGGGUAUGUUAUAUUUUCUAUUUUAUGGCGGAGGUGGGAAUUGGAGCCUCCUAAGGACUGAUGCUUUUCAUCAUUGCCUUGUAUUCUUGGUGCCUAUUCUUCUGUUCAUUCUUCCAUGAUCUGUCAGUCGAAGGGUGUUCUUUCAUGACUGACAAUUACCAAAAGCGUGUCGGUUGGCUUAACACUAGUCCGCGAGCGUCUACUGAUCAUUUCAGCGAUGGUGAUAUGCUAAGGAUGAAAU